UAGACCUGUGGGUUUAAAGUACCUGAUCAGAAACACAGGUUCUGCACGCCUCCUAAGACCUACCUUGGCAAAUAGGCUGACCACUGCAGAGGAAGUGCUCUCAACCUAAUAAGCAUUCCUGAAGAAUAAUUGGAACAAAACUGAUCACAAAAGCUAACCAAGGUCAAAUGUGUGUUUUGGAGACAACAUAGUAGUGACUUCAGACUCAAGAGUACAUGGGAUUAACAUCCAGAGGGAAUCACAGCCUGAGAUGGACAGCAGGAAUUGCAAAGUUACUGCUCCUCUCCUAAGUCAGAGAUACCAAAGGAUGGUCACCAAAGAUGGCCACAGCACCCUUCAAAUGGAUGGCACUCAAAGAGGUCUUGCUUAUCUCCGAGAUGCAUGGGGAAUUCUAAUAGACAUGCGCUGGCGCUGGAUGAUGCUAGUCUUUUCUGCUUCUUUUGUUCUCCACUGGCUUGUCUUUGCAGUGCUCUGGUAUGUUCUAGCUGAGAUGAAUGGUGAUCUGGAAUUAGAUCACGAUGCUCCACCUGAAAACCACACUAUCUGUGUCAAGUACAUCACCAGUUUCACAGCUGCAUUUUCCUUCUCCCUGGAGACACAACUCACAAUUGGUUAUGGCACCAUGUUCCCCAGUGGUGACUGUCCAAGUGCAAUCGCCUUACUUGCCAUACAAAUGCUCCUGGGCCUCAUGCUAGAGGCUUUUAUCACAGGUGCCUUUGUGGCGAAGAUUGCCAGGCCAAAGAAUCGAGCUUUCUCAAUUCGUUUUACUGACUUAGCAGUGGUAGCUCACAUGGAUGGCAAACCUAAUCUUAUCUUUCAAGUGGCCAACACCCGACCAAGCCCUCUAACCAGUGUCCGGGUCUCAGCUGUUCUCUAUCAGGAAAGAGAAAGCGGUGAACUCCACCAGACCAGCGUGGACUUCCACCUUGAUGGCAUCAGUUCGGCGGAAUGUCCAUUCUUUAUUUUUCCACUAACCUACUACCACUCUAUUACACCAUCGAGUCCUCUGGCUACUCUGCUCCAGCAUGAAAAUCCUCCCCAGUUUGAAUUAGUUGUGUUCCUUUCAGCAAUGCAGGAAGGUACUGGAGAAAUCUGCCAAAGGAGGACAUCUUACCUACCAUCAGAGAUCAUGUUAUAUCACUGUUUUGCAUCCCUGUUGACCCGAGGUUCCAAAGGUGAAUAUCAAGUCAAGAUGGAGAAUUUUGACAAGACUGUUCCUGAACUUCCAACUCCUCUGGUCUCUAAGAGCCCUCACAGGACUGACCUAGAUAUCCGUAUCAAUGGACAAAGCAUUGACAAUUUUCAGAUCUCGGAAACAGGACUGACAGAGUAAAACUUAUCAGUGACAUGCUAUUUUUAAUGUAGUAAAUAUACCCAGACAGUUAUGCAGCUACUUUUCCUUCGCUGUAUCAUGUUUUCUUUUUUCUCAAUGCUGAUUACUUCUGAGUACACAAUCAUGUCCGUGCCCACAAACAAACAAACAAAAAAGGCUGAACUAAUAAUACACAUUUUGAAAACAUAACAUUCUACCUUACAAAGUUUGUGUCUGUAGUUAUCUAUAGAGAUCAGUAAGACUCAACCUGACAGAUAUAUUUAUACAGAAAUGCUGCUGGUCAGUUUCUAAGGAUGUAGUUAUACUAGUAAUGAAGGUAAAAUGGACACAAGUUGAACAUCAUGGAACCUCUAAGAAAAUCAAGCAUAAAUCUCUCAUUCCAUCUGCAAAUUGCAACAACAGUCUAGUUCCAAGCCUAUCUCCUAGGGUAGAAGACGAUUUCACAAUAUUGAGUGAACAUUCUUUUAUAAUUGUUAUUUUUUCAAGACAGCAAAGAUUAUUCUUUUGAUUCUUUAUACUACGAAGCUAGGGUAAGUAUUGCCUCCUUCCUUUUUAACAGCUAACAACAAAAAUUCCAAAGAAAAACAACAUAAUAGUUAUAUAUAACCCUAAAAGCAUCUGAACAAUAACAUCAAAACACAUGCAUGUUCUCUUCCUUCCUAUGACCCACUCAAUUACAAAAAACCAUGACAGGUCUAAAUAAUUCAUAAAUGAAAAUGUAUAUUUAAGUUUUAUACAUAUAAAGGUUAAAAUAUAAAUCAGCUAGGAAAAAUUUCCCAUAGAUAAAGCAAAAAAUAAUUAGGCAACAAAGUAUUUUCAAACCGAAAUUCCUGUUUCCAACAUCAAAUAGUUUUUUCUAUAAACACAAAAUGAGUGUUUAUUCACCAGUAGGAGGUUGGACUAGAUGAUCUCUAUUAUUUCUUUCCAAGUCUAAUACUCCUUGAAAUUAUGCUUUCUCUGCCUCAGUUUUUAAUUUUAUACACGCUAAGAUGAAGACUUUCUCUUAUACACAGCUUACUUAGGACAUUUCUUUGAAUAAUUUUAAUUUUGAUUUAAAAAAUAAAAUUAUCCUCAAGCAAAACAAGAACCAAAAAAGUCAAUGUAUUGCAUUUCAGAUUUGUAGCUGCUCUUCUUUUGUGAAAUUUCCCUUAUUCAGGCUUAUGUGGGAAAAGGGAUAGAUUAACCUUCCCCACUGGUGAUGAUCCAAGCAGGAAUCAACUCUUGAAAUAAAUACUAGCUGAGUAAAGGCAA